AUGGAUCUUCUAGGCGACGGGGCCGCGGAGGAUGAGGUCGUGGACCUUGAGGUCAUGGUGUAUGUCGGCUGGGAGCGACGGCUUGGCCUCCUGUUUUACUUUGACAUGCACUACCAUUCCCCCUCUAAUCUCUACCAACCAUAUGCAAAAUUGGAAUCAUCUCAAUGUUUAGAUAGCUGCAAACAAGGACCUGUAUUCACCUACACCAUGGAGCCACUACUGGUUCCAAGCAUGGAAGACGUCAUGGAAGACAUCGCGAAGAUAAUUUAUACACCGUCGCAACGCACGGGCACUAUACUAGUAAGGAAGUUUAAGGAACGCACUGGUCGCACUUACACCAGGGAUCAAAUGAAGAAUAGGUGGGACUCCUUAAAGAGAAUGUUCACCCAGUGGAAAACUCUUAAUGAAAGGGCUACAGGUCUUGGUCGAGACCCUCAUACUGGUUCUAUCAGUGCUCCAGAUGAGUGGUGGGCUAAGCAAAAUGAAGCAAUGCCAGGGUGUAUUAUGUUCAAAACAGCCCCCCUAGAGAAUGAGGACGAGCUAAAGGUUAUGUUUGGACCCAUUGUCUGCACAAAUGAAACAACCCUUGUUCCUGGCGUCGAGGAUGCAAAUUCAUCAUCUGAUGAUCAUGUCGAAGCCACUUUAGGUGGGGGUGAAAACAGCACACCUGACCCAUGCUCAAACGCGACUGGGAAGCAUAAGGUGCGUCAUGAUUCUCCUAAACCAAAUAAGGAAAAAGAUACGAGGGAAGAGUACAUGAAACGCCUAGUGAAGGCUUUUGAGUCGCGUUCAAUGACCACUAACAAGUCCAUCACCUCUGCUGAGACCGACCCUGUUCGUGUUGAGGUUAUUGCGCAGUUGCAACAAGUGAUCGAUGAUGGUUCACCAGAAGGCAGCGACCUACAUUUGUUUGCCACUCAUCUAUUGAUUGAGAAAAAGUAUAGAGAUGUAUUUGCAUCACUGAAGACCAAAGAAGGAAGGAACGCUUGGCUGCGCCGUGCUUUCGAGAUAGAUGUUAAAAAGUCCACUUAGAUGGUGGUCGUCCGACAACAGAGCCUGAUGUUCACUAUUAUGUUGUUGUUCAUGUUAGUCGUGUUGCAGUCGUGUCACUAUUAUGAGUCUUGUCGUGUUACAAAAUAAACAUGUCGUACGCAUAAUUUUCCCCUUCGAACAAUUUUGCAAUUAUUCGAGUUGAACAUGUAUUUGAAUAAUCAGAGUUGUAUGUUUGUGAACAAUGUCAAUCUGUGAACUUUGUUUCACCUAUGAUACAUGAAUAUGUGUCUUAUAUACUGUGCUUAUACAUGAAUAUGUUCCUGUUGUUUGUGUGCAUACAGAUGUGUGACCCUGCUGCACACACAUAUGAUGAUGACACGGAUGACAGAGAUGGACAAUUGCUUGUUGCCCUAUAUGCUGUAGACAUUUGGGGUAGGCCUUCCAGUGAGGUUUCUAGAAGAACAAUGGUUGAAACAGGUAUUCAAUGGGUUGAGCGAACUUUGGAGAAUAGUAACGACUGCUUUGACAUGUUUCGCAUGCGACGUACUGUUUUUAGACGAUUGCAUGAUAUGUUGGUGGAAAGUUAUGGUCUGCUUCCAAGCCGUGGUGUCAGUACUAUGGAAGCUCUAGGUAUUUUCUUGUGGGCAUGUGGGGGUCCACAAUCAUUUAGGCAGAUAAGGAAUAAGUUUGGUCACUCCUUGGAAACUA